AUGCGCGCUUGGUUGUCUUCUUUGUCUUCUCCUUCUGCUUCUGGGGCUUUUUUGUCCUCGUCGACGAGGAACCACUGCUGUUAUUACGUUUCCUCGUCUCGAUUGAAUUCGAAGCGCAGAGCGAUAAAGACGAACAACAACAACAACAACAACAACAACAACAACAACAACAACGUGGAAGCGUUCUCGUCGUCUCACGUGAAUUCCCCUAAGAGAAGUACUCCUCCGAACGAAAGUAAACAUCGCAAAGCAGCGGAACGGAGGCAAAGAGAAGACGAGAGGAAAGAAGAAGAAGAAGAAGAUGCUGUGAAAAAUGCGCUCUCAAAAGUGAGCGGCUUUUAUGAAAUUGGAAACGUGGAUAUAUACCGAUCCAUAGAUGCGUGUCAGAAGAAGGUGUUCAAGAUGUCCGAUUUUAAGACGAGUUUGGCGGAGAUUGGAGUGUAUCACGGAAAGUCAUUUUUAGCGUUAGUUUCCUUGCGAAAACAAAACGAGAGAUGCGUAGCGAUCGAUUGUUUCGAGAACCAAGCCGAGAUUAACAGAGACGAGAGUGGAGUGGGUGAUUACGAGAAGUUUCGGAAGCACGCGAUGAAGUUUUGCGAGGCGAUGAAGGAAGACUCGAAAUUCGUAUGGGACGGAGUCGUCGACUCGGACACAAACAUGCCGAAUUUCAUCAAAGUCAUCUCGAAAGACUCCACGAAAUUGACCAAGGAAGCAGAUUUUAACGAAGACGACGACGGUCCGGUGCGAAUCUUCUCCAUCGACGGAUCGCACACGGUAGAGACGACGUUGCGCGAUUUAUCGUUCGCCGCCGACGAGUGUUUGCACGAACAAGGCGUCGUCAUACUGGACGAUUGUUUCAACCCAGAUUGGCCCGGGUGCAUCUCAGGACUCGCAAAAUAUCUCGACUCAUCCAGUAGAAUCGUCCCAUUUGCCAUCGCCUACAACAAAGUCUACCUUUGCGCGCCUUCUUUAGUCGAAACGUAUCAAGCGCACGUAGCGAGAGACCGGAACGUUUGCGUGCGUAAAAAAGCGAGUCUCUUUGGACACGAGUGCUUGGUGUGCAAACACGGCUGGUUGCACACCUUUCACGGGAACGACGACACGUACUCGUAA